AUGGCGCUCGAGACGUGUAUAGCUUUUCUGUUAGCAGAUGAGUUGGAUGCUGAAGACUACGCCAGUUUAAAAAAUAAACCUAAUAUAAAAACACCACAAAUCCGAGAUGAUGAAGAUGAUGAUGAUGACAAGGACAAUGAAAAUGUCUUCACUGCAAUUGUUCCAAGCCUCUCGGUCUUGGAUUUUCAGAAGUGCUUUCAGCUAACACAAACCCAAGUUGAAGAGCUGGUAAACUUGCUGUCACCUUUCCAACGUGCUUCAUGUAAACUUGCAGGAUGGACUAUGACACACACAGUUCUUGCCAGUUUAUGGACUUUAUCCGCUCUUGAAUCUUACAGCAGCAUAGCGGCCCGGUUUCACACUAAGGAAUCCAUAAUUCACCAACGACUAAAUGAGUUCUGCAGCCUGGUAACAAGGAACCUUGCGGAUCAGAUCCGCUGGCCCAGGUGGCAAGAAGCUGAUGAUUCGGCUGCCGGGUUUUAUUCUGAUGUUGGCCUGCCUGGUAUCGUCUGUGUAGUCGGAUCCUGCCUGAUUUCUACUGAAAGACCUGUUGAUGUCCUUGAUCCAGAUGUGUAUCAAACCCCUGACAAAUCUCACUCCAUGAAACUCAUUGCUUUCUGCAACAAUCGGGGCAAAUUUACUCAUGUGAACGCAGGGCACCCAGGAAGCUGGCAUAACUCUAGAGUACUUCGGGAGACUGAUAUAGGGAAGGCUUUGCGGGAAGAUCCGCUGAACCUGCUGCACGACAAGCACAUAAUCGGAGACGCCACUUUUCCACUGUCUGAACAUCUUCUCACACCGUUCCCAGAUUAUGGGACACUUGCAGAGAAGAAGCUGCGGUACAAUAUAAGAGCGCAAGCGGCUCUUCGAGUGGUCAGAGACUCGCUCCGUAGUCUGAUGUGCCGGUUUCAGAGGCUAAGGUCUUUGCAAAUGAAUUCUGUCACCCAAAUCAGCAUGGCGGUAAAAACCUGCUGUAUUUUAUUCAACGUGUUUUUGGAGACGGAUAGGUUCAACUCUGUGGAAACUAUGGAAGAGCAUGAAGAUAUUCAACUGCCUUUUCAUGAACUACCUAAUGGCCACUCGGGUAGUCUUGGUGGAAUUUCUAAAAGGCAGGACAUUGCAGCUUGUCUUGGACGGAAGCCGAAAAAAAGAUAAAAGACUCUAUAGGCCACUGGUUCUCAGCAAAUAGAGGUAUUGCAAUGGCAAAUAUGUCUAAAUUCAUAGAUAUUAUAAGGCUAAGUACAAAGGUGCAGGCCAUAGGUCAAUGUGUCAGUCUUUAGGUGGCCUACAGAGAAUUUGAGUAUUUUUGCAACGGGCAUUGGUGUAAUCAUGGGUCAUUCCGCCAAAUCAGUGCCGUUUCCUUCCCUAGGACAUUAUAUGUAUAAACGUAUAUAUGAAAAUUCACUUUGAAAUGCAUUUUUUUUAAUUGAACAAAGUGUCCCAUAUACCAUAUAGAAGCACUUUGUAGUUCUACAAUAACUGACUGUAGUCCAUCUAUUUCUCUACAUACCUUUUUAGCCUGCUUUCACCCUGUUCUUCAAUGGUCAGGACCCCCACAGGACCACCACAGAGCAGGUAUUAUUUGGGGGGUGGAUCAUUCUCAGCACUGCAGUGACACUGACGUGGUGGUGGUGUGUUAGUGUUGUGCUGGUAUAAUGUGCUUAAAAUACAUGUUUUAGUCAUGUCCCUAGGUUUUCAACAGAAAUGUACAUUAUCUGUAUCUACUGAAGGCCACGGAAAGACCAAAAGUAAGUCCCCCCCCCCCCCCAUUUAUUUUUCUAUUUCUAUUAUUUUCUAUUAUAAGUCCUGUUACUCACAUACAGCCAUCUUCCACUUAAAAAUAAACAAAGUUGCCUGAGAU